CCGCGACCGAGCGCGCGUCUCCUUCCCCUCGUCCGGCUACGGAGUCCGCACCCCGGAGGCGACUUAACCUCAAAGCGGUGAGUAGCACGCGUCUCGAGCUCGGUCCGAGCUAUGCCGCGACCGCAGUAGCGCGAUCCGCCGGCGAGUCCCCCGAGUGCGCGUCGCGAGUGUCUUGGCCCGCUGUGCGCGCCACGGAGGCGAGAGGCCGGCAGCCCACGGCCCUUGGAGCGAGGUCCCAUGCCAGCGGACGCCUAGGACCCGUCCCACCUCCAGGAAACCAACGGCGAGGCGCGCCAAGAUAAAGAUCGAAGAUGACCUGGCGACUGCUGAUGGCGUUCCUGUUGUCGCUGUCCAGCGUUUUCGGCGCGCCUCGAAAGGGAUGCGAAUUUCCGAAACAGUGGAUGGGCGGAUGGUUCCAGUCGGGCGUCACAGGACUCAUCGUCGUCAACGAGACGGCCAUGAUGACCAAGGGCCAGUGCAUCCACACGGACGGGGAAAAGUUCCUCCUCAAAGACUGGAAGCACAACUGCCAUCGAUGCAUAGUCAUACACGAGAAGCACACCAACGUGUUGCAGUAUAAAGAGACUUACUGUUACAACGACUGGGAAGGCUUGGAUGCAGUUUGCGACGAGCUGACCGGGGAUGCAGCCUUGAAUUCGCUUUUCCGAUCGAACGCUGCACCCUCGACGUGUCCUUUCAAGGGUCCUUUGCAGUUCACUUAUAGUCGGGGCGAAGCAGAGUGCAGGAACCCCAUGUCUCUUGCCGAAACCUGCACCCAGGACUCCAGGAUCCUGCUGAGGUAUCAGGCUUGUGCGGAUGUCGCGCGCAGCGAGAGCACCGAGGUGGAAUUAGAGUGCCUGGCUACCUGGCGAGAAGGCAGCACUCAAUACCUCGUCGUACGUCUGUACGGAGAGAGACUGAAGAACGACGAAGAUCGGUACAGGUGUUUUAUCUACGAGAAAAGCCCCGGCGACAUCUGGAACCUUGCACAAAGUGGCGACGCUACUUGCAACGGAUUGCUCAGCGUCGCCGAAGGAGCGAAAACGUUUAAAAUGGAGCAAGUGAAACCGGAAACGGCGAGCUGCAGCUACCCUACUUGGAUAACGUCCUCCAGUUUGUGGGUCACUUUGGACUCGAUGGAUCGGCUUCAGGUGUCGAAGCACAAGCUAACGAUUCUCGACCACAACGAGACCCACCUCGUCUGUCACUCCAUCGUCAAUUACGACUCUCAGUCGCCAUCGUCGACUCAGCCGGAAUCCCGAGUAAUGGUCGUCGCGAAGGCAACGCGCGAAUGCAAAAACGGAUUCGUCUGCCUGGUAUUUCACAAGAGGGACGACCACAUAAUCGAGGUGCAACAGUCGAAGCCGUGGACCCAGCAUCCCGACGAGGCGUGCAGAUCGAGCACGUUCACACCGCAUACCGCGCCGUACACGACGUUCAUCACGGAGGAGCCGAUGGACCGACAGUGCCCGUACCUCGGCCGCUACGAGGUGGUCUCGAUAAAACGACUGCAGGCGACGAGCGGCGCCGAGGAGAUGUCGAACACGGAGGUCGAAAUUGGCUCCGACGAUGAAAACGACGCCAGGGUACAGGAAGUCAAACUGACGUCCACCUUGCCUCCGCCGGCGAAGCAAUGUCACCACGGGAACGUCCAUGGCCUGGACAUCGGAUGUAGGAGCCCCGACCGGAUGGAGUUCGCCACUUCUUGCGCCGACGAGGCGCUGUCCGUGUACCGAUGUCACGGGACCUGGGAAGAAAACGGCACGGCCUACCUGGUGGCGAGUACCGACGCGGCGAGGUACUGCUUGGUGUACAGCGCGUCCACCUCGUCCUCUAACAGUAGAUACCUCUCCGUGACGGGACAUCUCGCGUCGUGUCCGAGAGCUUCUCACCCGCACCAUCAGCAAGUGUGGCAGGUCAACCUCACGGCACACGCCCAGUGCAGCGACGUCUCCUCGGCGUGGUCGUCCCUGAGGUCAUCGAGAACUCUUCCGGUCCUCUUCGGCAUCCUGCUGAGCGUGCACGUCGCGAGGUGAUCCCGUUGAAUCCGAGGCCACCGCCCGGCCACUGUACAGUAAAAUCGUUAAGGCCCUAGAAGUCGGAGAAAGUAACGCUAAUCGUGUAUCUUUAGGG